AUGCCCGGCCACGAAGAAGCUGCUCUGCCUACGAGCCCCUCGGCUGGUGGAGCAGUGGCCUACAACCAGACCAACAAGGAAAUGCAACCGGCUCACUCCAUGGAGUCCAGCAACGGCGCCGUGAUUCUCCCCGCCUCCUCGAGGGUACGGGGCAGCAGCCAGAAGAUGUUUGCCCUGGAACUCGAGGACGGCACAGUAUACCAGGGUUACAGCUUUGGUGCUGAGAAGAGCGUGGCAGGAGAAUUGGUCUUUCAGACUGGUAUGGUUGGAUACCCCGAGUCCAUCACGGAUCCCUCCUACCGCGGUCAGAUUCUCGUCAUUACUUUCCCGCUGGUGGGCAACUACGGUGUGCCUUCCCGGGAGACUAUGGACGAGCUCCUGAAGGAUCUGCCCAAGUACUUUGAGUCCACUCAGAUUCACGUUUCCGCCUUGGUCGUGGCAACAUAUGCCGGUGAAGACUACUCGCACUUCCUGGCCCAGUCUUCGCUUGGCCAAUGGCUGAAGGAGCAGGGUGUACCCGCCAUGCACGGUGUUGACACCCGUUGUCUCACCAAGAAGAUCCGUCAAAAGGGUAGCAUGCUUGGCCGCAUGCUUCUCUCGCACGAGGAGGUCCCUGACGGCCAUAUCGAGGUCUCUGGCGACAAGGACAGCUGGAGGUCGUCUUUUGAGCAGAUUGAUUGGGUUGACCCUAACACACAGAACCUUGUGAGCGAAGUCUCGAUCAAGGAACCCCGUCUCUUCACGCCCCCCGAGGACGUUGCCCUCAAACACCCCUCCGGUCGUCCCGUCCGCGUUCUUUGCUUGGACGUCGGUAUGAAGUUCAACCAGCUGCGUUGCUUGCUCGCACGUGGCGUUGAGGUUCUUGUCGUUCCCUGGGACUACGACUUCCCUACUCUCGCCGGCAAGGACUACGACGGUCUGUUCGUCUCGAACGGUCCUGGUGACCCGGCCACCCUCUCCACUACUGUCGCCAACUUGGCCAAGACCAUGGAGGAGAACAGAGUCCCCGUCUUCGGUAUCUGUCUCGGUCACCAGCUGAUUGCCCGUUCCGUCGGUGCUCAGACCAAGAAGAUGAAGUUCGGUAACCGUGGUCACAACAUCCCUUGCACCAGCAUGAUCUCCGGCAAGUGCCACAUCACCUCUCAGAACCACGGUUACGCCGUCGACGCCGAAUCCCUUCCCCAGGACUGGCAGGAACUCUUUGUCAAUGCCAACGACGGCAGCAACGAGGGUAUCCGCCAUGUCAGCCGCCCAUACUUCAGUGUUCAGUUCCACCCCGAAAGCACACCGGGUCCCCGUGACACUGAGUACCUCUUCAAUGUCUUCAUUGACACAAUCAAGAACACUAUGGCUUCCUCCGACGCUCUCAAUAAGCCCGUUUCCUUCCCCGGUGGCACCCUGGAGGAGAACAGGAAGAUCGCUCCUCGCGUUCAUGCCAAGAAGGUGUUGGUCCUUGGAAGUGGUGGUCUGAGCAUUGGUCAGGCCGGUGAGUUCGACUACUCGGGUAGUCAGGCCAUCAAGGCGUUGAAGGAAGAAGGCAUCUACACCAUCUUGAUCAACCCCAACAUUGCUACUAUCCAGACCUCCAAGGGUUUGGCCGACAAGGUCUAUUUCCUUCCUGUCAACGCCGACUUUGUGCGCAAGGUCAUCAAGCACGAGCGCCCUGACGCCAUCUACGUGACUUUCGGUGGUCAGACUGCUCUUCAGGUCGGUAUUCAACUCAAGGAUGAGUUCGAAUCCCUUGGUGUCAAGGUCCUUGGUACUCCCAUCGACACCAUCAUCACCACCGAAGACCGUGAGAUGUUCGCUCGCAGCAUGGAGUCGAUCAACGAGAAGUGUGCCCAGUCUGCAUCCGCCUCGAACCUCGAGGAGGCUCUUGAGGUGGUCGAGCAGAUCAAGUUCCCUGUCAUCGUCCGUGCCGCUUAUGCCCUUGGUGGUCUGGGCAGUGGCUUCGCUGACAACAUGGAUCAACUCAAGGAUCUCUGCAUCAAGGCGUUCGCUGCCAGUCCCCAGGUUCUGAUUGAGAAGAGUAUGAAGGGUUGGAAGGAAAUCGAGUACGAAGUUGUCCGUGAUGCCCAGGACAACUGUAUCACCGUCUGCAACAUGGAGAACUUCGACCCUCUGGGUAUUCACACCGGUGACUCUAUUGUCGUUGCUCCCUCUCAGACCCUCACAGAUGAGGACUACAACAUGCUGCGUACCACGGCUGUCAACGUCAUUCGUCACUUGGGUGUUGUUGGUGAAUGCAACAUCCAAUACGCUUUGAACCCGUUCUCCAAGGAGUACUGCAUUAUCGAAGUCAACGCUCGUCUCUCCAGAUCCUCUGCGCUUGCCUCCAAGGCCACCGGUUACCCGCUCGCGUUCAUUGCUGCCAAGCUCGGUCUCGGAAUCCCGCUUAAUGAAAUCAAGAACUCCGUUACCAAGGUCACUUGCGCCUGCUUCGAGCCCUCUCUCGACUACUGCGUUGUGAAGAUUCCCCGCUGGGAUCUGAAGAAGUUCACCCGUGUCUCGACCCAGCUGGGCUCUUCCAUGAAGAGCGUUGGUGAAGUCAUGAGUAUUGGACGGACAUUCGAAGAGGCUAUUCAAAAGGCCAUUCGGUCCGUUGACUUCAACAACCUUGGUUUCAACGAGACAAACGCGCUCAUGUCCAUCAAGGGCGAGCUGCAGACCCCGUCCGACCAGCGUCUCUUCGCCAUCGCCAAUGCCAUGGCUGCCGGUUACAGCGUUGAUGACAUCUGGAAGCUCACCCAGAUUGACCCCUGGUUUUUGAGCAGACUCAAGGGCCUCAGUGACUUCGGCAAGCUCAUGACCAGCUACAACACCUCCACCGUCCCCAGGCCCCUCAUCCGCCGGGCCAAGCAGCUUGGAUUCUCUGAUGGACAGCUCGCCAAGUUCCUGAGCUCGAACGAGCUCGCGGUCCGACGCAUGCGUGUUGAGGCAGGCAUCAACCCCAUUGUCAAACAGAUUGAUACCGUCGCUGCUGAGUUCCCUUCGGUGACCAACUAUCUGUACCUCACCUACAACGGCUCGGAGCACGACGUUAGCUUCGAUGACCACGGUGUCAUGGUUCUUGGAUCUGGUGUUUACCGUAUCGGUUCGUCUGUCGAAUUCGACUGGUGUUCGGUGCGGACCAUCCGCACUCUCCGUGAACAGGGCCACAAGACUGUCAUGGUCAACUACAACCCGGAAACUGUCAGUACCGACUACGAUGAGGCUGACCGUCUGUACUUCGAAAACAUCAACCUGGAGACCGUUCUCGACAUCUACCAGCUUGAAUCGUCCAGCGGUGUGAUCAUGUCCAUGGGUGGUCAGACUCCUAACAACAUUGCUCUGCCCCUCCACCGUCUCAAUGUCAAGAUUCUCGGUACCUCGCCUGAAAUGAUUGACGGUGCUGAGAACCGUUAUAAGUUCUCGCGCAUGCUUGACCGGAUCGACGUCGACCAGCCCGCCUGGAAAGAGCUCACCAGCAUUGACGAAGCGAGGGGUUUCUGUGACGCCGUCGGUUACCCGGUGCUUGUUCGUCCGUCCUACGUCCUUUCGGGUGCUGCCAUGAACACGGUCUACUCUGAGCAUGAUCUUGCCAGCUACCUGAAUCAGGCCGCUGACGUUUCCCGUGAGCACCCCGUCGUCAUCACCAAGUACAUUGAGAACGCCAAGGAAAUCGAGAUGGACGCUGUCGCCCGUAACGGUGUCAUGGUCGGUCACUUUAUCUCGGAACACGUCGAGAACGCCGGUGUGCACUCGGGUGACGCCACUUUAAUCCUGCCGCCGCAGGACUUGAGCCCUGAAACUGUCCGCCGUAUCGAGGAGGCUACCAGCAAGAUUGGUAAUGCCCUGAACGUCACUGGUCCUUACAACAUUCAGUUCAUCGCCAAGGACAACGACAUCAAGGUCAUUGAGUGCAACGUCCGUGCCUCUCGGUCCUUCCCGUUCGUCUCGAAGGUCAUGGGUGUUGACCUGAUCGAGAUGGCUACCAAGGCCAUGAUCGGUGCUCCUUUUGCUGAGUACCCGCCUGUCUCGGUUCCCAAGGACUACGUUGGUGUCAAGGUUCCCCAGUUCUCCUUCUCCCGUCUUUCCGGUGCCGACCCCGUCCUGGGUGUUGAGAUGGCAUCGACUGGUGAGGUUGCUUCUUUCGGUCGCAACAAGUACGAGGCGUACGUCAAGGCGCUCCUUUCGACCGGUUUCCGCCUUCCCAAGCGCAACAUCCUAUUCUCGAUUGGAUCCUACAAGGAGAAGCUCGAGAUGUUGCCUUCGAUCCAGAAGCUCCACCAGAACGGCUUCAACCUCUUCGCGACCGCUGGUACCGCCGACUUCUUGAAGGAGAACGGUGUCCCUGUCAAGUACCUGGAGAUCCUGCAGGGUCAGGAAGAGGACAUCAAGUCCGAGUACUCGCUCACUCAGCACUUGGCGAACAACCUCAUCGACCUGUACAUCAACUUGCCGUCUAACAACCGGUUCCGCCGCCCGGCCAACUACAUGAGUAAGGGUUAUCGCACUCGUCGUAUGGCCGUCGACUACCAGACACCGCUGGUCACGAAUGUCAAGAAUGCCAAGAUCCUGAUCGAGGCUAUCGCCCGUCACUUCCCCUUGAACAUCCAGACCAGCGACUACCAGACGAGCCACCGCAGCAUUGUCCUCCCGGGUCUGAUCAACAUCGCUGCCUUCGUUCCCGACCUCGCGGUUGCCGGUUCCAAGGGCUUCGAGGAUGUCACCAAAGCUUCCAUUGCCAAUGGUUUCAGCAUGGUCCGGGUGAUGCCCGUUGGUGUUGACACUUCCGUUACCGAGCCCAGUGACUUGAAGGUCGCUCAGCAAAAUGCGCAGAAUGCUCUGUGCGACUUCAACCUCUCCGUCGCUGCCACCUCGUCCAAUGCCGACCAGAUCGGCCAGUUGACCGGCGAUGUUGGAUCUCUCUUCAUUCCCUUCAACCACCUGUCUGGCAACAUCAGCAAGGUCGCCGCGGUCACCAGCCACUUCACCGCGUGGCCCUCGAACAAGCCGCUGAUCACCGACGCCAAGUCGACGGACCUCGCCUCGAUCCUGCUGCUUGCCAGCCUCCACAGCCGCAACAUCCACGUGAUGAGCGUCACUUCCAAGGAGGAUAUCAACCUGAUCGCUCUCAGCAAGGAGAAGGGUCUCAAGGUCACCUGCGACGUAUCGAUCUACUCUCUGUUCCUCUCCAAGAAGGAGUUCCCGGGUUGCAACGCCUUGCCCUCCGCUGAAGACCAGAAGGCUCUAUGGGACCACCUGAGCACCAUCGAUGUCUUCUCGAUCGGCAGCAUUCCGUUCCAGCUCGCUGGCAAGGAGGCUUCUGCUGCUGCUGGCAUCGCUGAGGCGCUUCCCUUGCUCUUCACUGCCGUUUCCGAUGGCCGUCUGACCAUUGAGGACAUCGUCGCUCGUCUGUACGAGAACCCCAAGAAGAUCUUCGAACUGCACGACCAGGCGGAUAGCUCAGUCGAGAUCGAGAUUGACCGUCCGUACGUGUACCAGGGUCCUUCUUGGUCUCCGUUCAACGGCAAGUUCAUGAAGGGAUCCGUUCAGCGUGUGAUCUUCCAGGGCAAGACUUCUUGCCUCGAUGGUGAGGUUACUCCCGACGCCGUCAAAGGUACCGACAUGUCUGGCCAUCGCAUUGUGCCCACUUCUCCAGUUGUCAAGCCCCUGUCGCCCUUGGUCCAGGCUCGUCCGGAGAGCUCGCUGGACCGCCGCCUGUCUCUGUCUGGCACUCCUGGCCGUGGCCUGCGUAAGGGUGAUCAGGCCGAACUCGGACCCCCGCUGUAUGCGCAAUUGCCUUCGAUCUCAUCCUCGCUGCUCGAGACCCUCUCCCGGUCUCCGUUCCGCCAGAAGCACGUUCUCUCCGUGAACCAGUUCAACCGAUCCGACCUGCACCUGCUCUUCACUGUUGCCCAGGAGAUGCGCCUUGGUGUCCAGCGCCAGGGUGUUCUCGACAUCCUUAAGGGCCGUGUCUUGUGCACUCUCUUUUACGAGCCUUCCACGAGAACCUCAGCUUCGUUCGACGCCGCCAUGCAGCGCCUUGGUGGACGUACCAUCGCCAUCUCGACGGAGCACUCGUCUACCAAGAAGGGUGAGACCUUGCAGGACACCGUUCGCACCCUCGGCUGCUACGGAGACGCUGUUGUCCUGCGCCACCCCGAGGCCAGCAGCGCCGAGACCGCCGCCAAGUUUUCCCAGGUCCCGAUCAUCAACGGAGGCAACGGCAGCAUUGAGCACCCGACUCAGGCAUUCUUGGAUCUCUUUACCAUCCGUGAGGAGCUCGGAACUGUGACUGGCUUGACCAUCACCUUCACCGGUGACUUGCGUUACGGACGCACCGUCCACUCGCUCAUUAAGUUACUCCAGUUCUACGACGUCCGCAUUCAGCUUGUUGCUCCUAAGGAGCUUGCCUUGCCCGAGGAGGUCCGUCAGCAGAUUGUCAGCUCCGGACAGCUCGUCCUGGAGUCUGACCGGUUGACGCCUGAGAUCGUCGCUCAGUCCGACGUCCUGUAUUCGACUCGCGUGCAGAAGGAGCGCUUCGCCGACCUUGAGCAGUACGAUCGUCUCAAGGACAGCUUUGUCAUUGACAACGCUCUCCUGAAGCACGCUAAGAGCCACAUGGUGGUUAUGCACCCCUUGCCCCGGAACGCUGAGAUCGCGGAGGAAGUCGACUUUGACCAGCGUGCGGCAUACUUCCGACAGAUGAGGUAUGGUCUGUACUGCCGCAUGGCUUUGCUUGCAUUGAUCAUGGCGCCUUGA